AUGAACGGACAAACGUGGCGGCGUAAGGUGAAUUCAGAUUUAGCUCUGGCCGUACACGGAGGCUUAGAAGCGAGAGGUGGGAGGGCUGGGGGGGUUAUGGGCGCAGGAGGGAGGGGGGGGGGGGGGGGGCGCAGGAGGGAGGGGGGGGGGGGCAAAGGGGCCGUGAGAACGCGCGCGCGCCGCAAGUUCCCAGCCACGCGCCACCCGCGCCCAGCGCGCGACCUAACCGUCGCGCACAUCAGUGUCUCGCGUUGUGGACGCGUCUGUACCGGUGCAGAGGCGCGCGGUCGCGUUGAGGUCGUCGCGGUCUGCGCCGAUGCCGCCGCUAGAUGCCCCUUAUCUACACCCACACGAGCGCCGAGCACACCAGCAUUUAUUUACGAGGUAGCCGCUAUACACGCGGCGCGGAUAAUGGAUAUGGAACAAUGGCCGAGCGAGGUGCGUCGU